AGUCUUCUGAAGAUCUGUAAAGAAAGUACAGCACUGUUAACGUGGAUGUGGGAUUUUAUUGGUCCACGACAUGGUCCAGUCCACACAGCGUUUAGAAAUCAGAAAAAUGUGGCUGUGAUAAACAGUAGAGACAGAGGCGGGCUCCUCUGACGGGAAAUGGGUGGGACUACGCUCCUAACCCGUCAAUGGUCAGAAUAGGCUCAAAUGUCCAAACGAAAUGUCCGACAUCGUAUAUUAUCUAUUUAUUACACACGAAAAAUGAUAAUUUAGAUUUUCUACUCGACAUUGUUGUGUUUCGGGACCAUGGGCGCUGUACGUGUGGUGCAGCUGGCUGUGUUGGCCUGGUUGGCCUCUGCUAUCGCCUCUCACGAAGAUAGUGUACAGUACUUGGUGACUGCCCCACAAAAGCCAGAGCUGCAGAUUGGAACAAAUUUCACAGCAACCUGUUUCAUCAAAAACACAACUGAAGUUACAGCAGAUGACUUACGCUGGAAGUACGCUAAGGGAGAAAUCCCUCCAGAACAGUAUACAAAGAUCAGUGAGACUGCCCUUAAUGUUACCAUCACAGUCACCAACGAAACCUCUCGGUGGCUCUUCUGCUUUAUCCCAAAAAAUUCAGAACAUGUUAAAAUCGACAGAUGGAAAUAUUACCACGGCAUCAACUUAAAAAAAGGCUAUCUCCCAAAAAAGCCAGAGAACCUGACUUGCAAGGCUGUUCAAUAUAAAAUGUCCAUCUCUCAAUUUCUCCACUGUGAAUGGGAACCAAAGCACCAGCAACCUGGAGAUUUCAGCACAUUUUAUAAACUGAAUGUCCAUGUUCUUAACACUGAGAAAGUCUUCAAUAAGACUACAACUGAGAGCAGCGCGGAUAUAGACACAGAGACUUUUCCUAGUUUUAUGACGCUGGAAAUCUGGGUAGAAGCAGAGAAUGCGCUUGGAAAGGUGGAGUCGGAGCAUCUAAGAAUGGAAGCCAAUUCAUUUAUAAAGACAGACCCUCCAUCGAACAUCAAUAUAAUUUCUGAGGACAGUUUCCCAACAUCGCUCCUUCUAAAUUGGACGCGUCCGAUUGAUAAAACGCAUGUGUACUUAAUUUAUGAAAUUCGGUUUGCUCCAAAUGGUUCCCACACUUGGUCUCAUGUGCCUCAGGCAGACACAAAUAUUGACAUACAAUCCUUCAGGCUUCAAAACCUUCAACCAAACACUGUUUAUAUCACUCAAGUGCGCUGCAAAAAUGAGAGGGAUGGCUACUGGAGCGAGUGGAGUAACAACUCAACAAAAAGAACACCUUCAUCUAAACCAGCAAGUAAACCUGAUGUCUGGCUCUGGCAUAUAAGUGAGUCUGCAGAUGAAGAACAAGUAUGGUUGUUCAGUAAGGAGCCUGAAUUUGCCAAUGGAGAGAUAAUAGAGUAUCAAAUCAGCAUUCAAGACUCCAAGGAAAAACUUCCAAACAAAAAUAUGUGGGAGAAAAUCCGUGUCACUAAUCCAAAUGCAGACAGCAGCACUAAGCACGCUACUUCACUGAAGGAAAUUGACCUCCGUGAAAAAAGAUCUCAUAUUGUCAAAGUCACUGCUGUCAAUGUAAAAGGCACCUCUCCAGUGGCCACAAUUGUGAUCCCUGAAAAAGAAAAUGUGCCCCCUCCAGUGCAGAAAUUAGAAGUAUAUCCUGAUGCGGGAAAACUGUGUGUCGAAUGGACCUCUCCCAACAGUACAGCAGUUUCCGAGUAUGUGGUGCAGUGGACCCGUGCUGGUAAAAUGAACUGGCAGAGAGAGAAAAAGGGCAUUAGGAAGACUAGCGUCCGAGGAAACCUUGAGGAGUUUGUUAGGUACAAUGUGUCUGUAUACCCACUUUACUCUGGAUGGAUUGGGAAACCAUUACAUGUAGAAACAUAUUUUGAACAAGGAGCUCCGAUAAAAGGGCCCUCGGUUAAACUAAAUGGAAAACCUGGAUCUACAGAGGUCCAUUUGGUAUGGGAGGAAAUUCCCUUAAACGAGCAGAGAGGCUUUAUCUCAAACUACACAAUCUUUUACUCUGAUGGCACUAAAACUGAAGCUAUCACAGUCUCACGGGACACUCUGUCAUAUACUCUGAAGCCUCUGACCCGUAACACUAGAUACGACACAUGGAUCAGGGUUUCAAACGUUAAGGGUUUUGCUGAUGGCCAUAAUCACACCUUUACCACUGUCAAGUAUGCACCUGGUGAGAUUGAGGGCAUUGUAGUCGGAGUGAGCCUGUGCUUCUUAUUCGUUGUUGUUCUGACCAUGCUGAUCUGCAUUUGUAAAAGAGAUGUCAUCAAGGAAAGUUUUUGGCCUCAAAUUCCAAAUCCUGGAGCAAGUACUAUUGGGACCUGGUCUCCAGAUUAUCACAUUAAGGCUGAAACUUCAAGUGAAAACUGUCUGUCUGGCAUCAGCGUACUUGAUGUGGAUAUUUGUGAUGGGAAGUCAGUGUUUGAAGAGGACAAGGCUUGUCUCCCCCUUAAGAAGGACAAAUAUAUGUCUGAGGAGCACAGCAGCGGUAUCGGAGGCUCCUCCUGCAUGUCCUCACCUCGGCAGAGUGUGUCUGACAGCGAUGAGGGGGGUGAUAUUGCUGACACAACUGCUAGCACCGUCCAGUACUCCUCGGUGGUAGCCUCCAGUGGAUACAAGGGCCAGACACCAAGCCUGCCAUCCCAGCAAGCUGUAUUUUCCAGGUCUGAAUCCACACAACCCCUCUUGGAGUCAGAGGAGAAUCCAGACAUGUUGUCACUAGAGGGCAGCAGACAGUCCCAGCGGUUUCCUCCUGAAAGCCUCAGUCAUUGCGAGGGGAACUCUGACAACCCCAACCAGGUGGAAAUAGAGGCAAAGACAUUGGACUUUUGUCCAGUGGGAGAUGAUUCAGAGGACAGACAGUCUGAUGAUGCACAGUCCCAUGAGUGGUCGACAACAGCACCGAUCUCCAGCUAUAUGCCUCAGCUGGGUGGCUACAGGCCACAGUAAAACAACAAACUCAAACCUGAACAUUGUAAAAUAGUACGUGCCUUUUAUGCCUUUGUUUAAUUCAGAGUCAAAUAUUUCAAUGCAAAUUCAAAAGACCGAGUCUUAUUUUGCACAUUACUGCUUGUAGAGGCAUUUACAGUGCAAGCUGAACUGACUUGACCUUUUUCUGGAAAAAAAGGUUAACUGCACUUUGUUACCUAUGGAAAGUGUUACACUACUCAAUGUAUUUGCCCUGUACAUCUUCACUGACAUGCUGAAACCGUGGUAACUUCUAACAAUAUUGUGGAGAAAUCAUUGUGAUUGCAUGCACAAAUGUUUGCAUUGACUUGUUGAUGUUAUAAUUUUUAUGCAGUUGACACGAAAAUCUUAAAAUAA